CUAAAGUCUAUAGCAACCAUCACUUCCUGCCACCGAAAAACGACUUGUGUUUAUUUUGAAUAAAAAUACAAAUUUAGAAAUCAACUUUUCCUAUACUUUUUCUUGUCUGAAAAAUAUGGAUGCUCUUGGAGUAAGAGCUGGUGCUAAUCUAGAAAAUGGUGGUCGCAACGAGAUAAGGAUAAACAACUCAGCCGGACGAUGCAUGCUAGAAAACUGGGUUGAAGAACGUGCUAACAUUGAUCGUGAUCCACCUCUUGACAGGGAAUACAACUUGAAAGAAAGAGCAAUAUUUUUAAGAUCUGGACACAAAGGCAUUCUCACAGUUGAUGACAAGGCUAGAGCAGAAAAUCUAACAACAGUUAGAGCCACUUACACUCUACCACAAGUUGAUAAAACAAGGCAUGUUGGUCUGCGAAAAGAACUUAUGGAACAAGCAUUUACAAAACUUGCUUGUGAGGAGAUAUUGCAAGAAAAAAAUAAGCAGGAAGACACUGACAGAGGGGAACCAAUGUGUUCCAUUUUUAUGCAAGACUACACAAGAGAUUUCCCCAAAACUGUUUUAGAAGAUACAAAGGACCAUGAUUAUGUCAAUGAACAACCAAUAACUUUCUGGUCAGAGCAUAAAGACAAGAUGCAUGGUAUCACACAAACUAAAACAAGAGAUUCUGCUUUUAGAAAAAAUGAUGCCUUCAGUAAACCAAUCAGUGAAUAUUGGAAUCAAGCAAAACCUGGUGAAAUAGACAAAUAUCCUAUGAUGUGAUAAGGCAAUAUCUGUUUGUUUAACAAAUUUACUAAAGACUUUUGUAGUUGUUUACAUGCAUAAAAUUAUUUCAGUUUAACAACAGGAAAGAUAAAGUUACAAUGUGAUAAUCUAUACGAAUAACAAUUAUUAAAGAAUAAAUUGUUGAAUGAAAAAUGCCUA